CUACAAAUGGUGCUGGACCUAGAUUUAUUUCGUGAAGAUAAAGGAGCCAAUGUCGAGGUGGUGAGAGAAAACCAGCGAAAGCGGUUCAAGGAUGUCGGCUUGGUUAACCUGGUGAUUGAAAAGGAUAAAACUUGGAGGCAAUGCCGUCAUCGUGCGGACAAUUAUAAUAAAUUAAAAAAUUUGUGCUCUAAUGUUAUUGGAGAAAAGAUGAAGAAAAAAGAACCCAUCGGAGAUGAUGACACUUUGCCCGAGAGUGUUGUUAGUGGUUUGGAGGCCAUCACUGCAGAUAUUCUUAGGGAGCUGACUGUUUUUAAGAUAAAAAAAAUCAGGAGCUUGAUCGAUGAAGCUAUCAUUAAAAAUCAGGAAGAGCUGGAAAAAGUCGAGCUGGAGAGAAAUUCUGCGCUGAGAGAGGUUGGGAAUCAUUUGGAUGCUACUGUUCCUGUCAGCAAUGAUGAAGAUGAAAAUCGGGUGGAGCGAACAUAUGGAGACACAACAGUAGAAAAAAAAUACUCUCACUUCGACCUAAUCCAGAUGAUCGACGGAAUGGACGGCGAAAGAGGAGCAGCAGUAUCUGGUAGCCGAGGAUACUUCUUAACUGGUCCAGCAGUGCACUUGAAGCACGCACUGAUCCAGCUGGCUAUCAAUAAACUUAGCGCCAAGGGGUACAAGCCGAUGGACACUCCGUUCUUCAUGCUGAAGGACGCGAUGCAGGAGGUCGCCCAGCUGGCUCAAUUCGACGAAGAGCUCUACAAGGUGAUCGGAAAAGGUGACGGAGACAGCGAAGAAACCGAGGAGAAGUAUCUGAUCGCGACUUCGGAGCAGCCUAUCGCGGCGUUUCACCGCAACGAGUGGAUCCCGGAGAGCGAGUUGCCUAUUAGGUACGCCGGGUUCUCGACUUGCUUCCGCAAAGAGGCCGGCUCUCAUGGUCGCAACACCCGAGGAAUCUUCCGGGUUCAUCAAUUUGAUAAAGUCGAGCAGUUUUGUCUCACCUCGCCUCAUGAUAAUAAAUCUUGGGAGAUGAUGGAUGAGAUGAUUGCUAAUGCAGAGGAGUUUUAUCAGGAACUGGGAAUUCCUUAUAGGAUUGUUAAUAUUGUUUCUGGGGCGUUGAAUCACGCUGCUUCGAAAAAGUUGGACCUCGAAGCCUGGUUUCCGGGAUCUAAGGCUUUUAGAGAACUUGUUUCUUGCAGUAAUUGUCUGGAUUAUCAAGCCAGGCGUUUGCUUGUAUGGACAGACCAAAAAAAUGAACACAGCUGUUGAUUACGUGCACAUGUUAAAUGCAACAAUGUGUGCGACGACACGUGUAAUUUGCGCAAUUUUGGAGGUCAACCAAACGGAGACGGGAAUAAAAAUUCCGUCGGCGCUAAAAUAUUGGAUGCCUGAAAAAUACCGCGAGGAGAUUCCUUUUGUCAAACCCGCUCCUAUUGACAAACCCGAGACGAAGAAACAGAAAAAACAACGAGAAAAUAUGGCGAAGUGA